GAAAAAUCCAACACAAAAACAUCCAAAAAAAAGGCCACAGGGAUUUUUAGAAACGGGCUUGAAACGAUGAGACCCAAAUUUCAUCAUUAAGGCUCAAACCCAAAAAUUAAACACUGGAUUGAGACAUCCGGCCCAAUACCCAAUCAGCACUCAGAAAGCCCACGAGCCCUAUCUUCCUUUCCCAAUUUCCAUCACAGAAAUGUCUCCGUUAUCGAUAUCCCCUUUCUUCAUCCUUCAGACUCGCUAAGCAGACACGGAAAUGGCGUUAAGUCUAUCCAAUUCAUUCCUCCAAAUCAAACCUUCUCGUCCCGCUGUCUUCCCCGUCAAAAGGGUAUCGAAAGCAGCGGCGGGGAAUUAUCGGCCGCUGGUGACCUGCAGGAAGAAGGAUAUACACCCAGAGUUUUAUGAGGAUGCGAAGGUGUAUUGCAACGGGGAGCUGGUGAUGACGACGGGAGGGACCCAGAAGGAGUACACGGUGGACGUGUGGUCGGGGAACCACCCUUUCUACCUGGGAAAUCGGUCGGCUGUUGUGGUGGAGGCUGACCAGGUGGAGAAGUUCAGGAAGAAAUUCGGACAGUUGUCUGAGAUGAUGGAAAUUCCGGUGCUCAAGGGCGAGAUUGUUUUGCCCCCCAAGCGCAAGGGUGCUUCCCCUGCCAAAGGUGGAAAGAAGAAAUAGAUUAACAGACUCUUGUAAUUGUUCUUUCAAAGGUAACAUGAUCUCAUUUCCCCAAUUGAUGAAUGCGUGAAUUAUGUUUGAUGUUAUGUCUGAAUGACACAUACCAGUAACGAAAUUGUGUCUGAGUUGCUGUUUUGCUCUAGGUUUUUUAUCAGUUUGAUUCUGGCUGUGUCACAAUUCCUGCAUCUUGGCAAUACUCGUAUUCACUUCCAAAAACCUUGUUAGAAGAAACUAAUUUCUUAAUG